AUGGACGUGGUGAUUAUUGGCUCCGGUAUUAUCGGCCUUCUAUCGGCUCUCACUCUUACCGAAGCUGGGUACGCAGUGACUAUUAUUGCACGCGACUUACCGGGAGACGAGACCCAGGACUGGGCGAGCCCUUGGGCAGGGGCGGCCAUACUCCCUCACCCAGAUGCGAAAGGGCAUUCCCUCCAGGUGGACACCUUCAAGUAUUACUGGGCUCUGGCACACCGAGAUCCUACUAGUGGGGUCCAAGUGGUCAAAGCAACCGAGUUUUACGAUGAUCGAGCGGACGAUUCGAGUAUUUGGUACAAGUAUCUUGUGCCGCACUAUCGCCGAAUCCCUACAGGCGAACUUCCGGGAGGUGCAACCGUAGGGUUCACUUUUCAUACCAUGACACUCAAUCCCGCAGUAUUCCUUCCCUGGAUCAAGAAAGAGUUGGAGGCUCGUGGGGUACGGUUUAUUCGCAAAGAACUCAAAUCCAUUGAAGAAGCCAAGAAGAUUACGGGAUGCGGCAUCGUUGUUCAUGCAUCCGGUCUCGGUGCUUUUCAUCUUGCAGGCGACAACGAUGUGGUAGCUAUUCGCGGACAAACAAUGUUCGUGGAAACCGACUUCGAUGAGCUCAUGAUGCUUCAAGGAUCGCAAUACACUUAUGUUAUUCCGCGAAUGUAUACGGGAGGUGCGAUCUUGGGUGGGGUGAGUCAGGAAGGGAAUUUAGCGCGCAAUGUAGACGAGGAUUUGCGACCUGAUAUUCUUGAAAGAACGAAGAAACUUUCCCCGGGGAGUUUUGAUUCUGUGGACUUGAAGACAGACAAUAUCCAAAACAUUGUCGCUUUUCGACCCGGGAGAAAGGGGGGAUAUCGCCUUGAAGGAGAGGGGAAGGUGGUGCACGCAUAUGGGUUCGGCAGCCUUGGAUAUGUGUACAGCUAUGGGGUGGCCUUGAAAGUUCGGGAUUUGGUGAAAUCGUUGGCCCAAGGCAAAAAUAUGCAUAGAAGUCAUCUUUAA